AUGAAAAAAUGGUAUCAGUGGCAAGGGUGUAACAUUUAUGGCAUAAUACUGUUUGCGAUUUGUUCAGUUAGUAAUGCAGUUGAAGUCUAUACCAAUCAUUUUUACGUCCAUACGAAACAGCCUGGGAUUGAAAUUGCGCAUUCGAUAGCUAAACGUCAUGGAUUCAUAAACCGUGGAUCUGUUGCGCAUGUAGAACAGUUGAAGGGUUUCAAGCACCUAAACCUGAGGUCAAAGUUGAAGUAUGAAAUAAGAGUCAUGCAUUUUGAUAACGCUAUCAAAUGUUACUCUUUUAGAAUGGCAUUAGAAGAACGAUUACAAGACCAACUUGAUUUCACCGCUGUGCAAUCGCCUUCUGAUCCAUUUUAUCCGUACCAAUGGUAUUUGAAGAACAUCGGCCAGGCAGGAGGCAAACCAAAACUAGAUCUGAAUGUUGAAAAAGCUUGGGCGCUUGGAAUCACUGGCAAAAAUAUUACUACUGCAAUCAUGGAUGAUGGCGUUGAUUACAUGCAUCCCGACCUAGCAAUGAAUUUUAAUGCAAGAGCUAGUUACGAUUUCAGUUCCAAUGAUCCAUUCCCAUAUCCGAGAUAUACUGAUGAUUGGUUUAAUUCCCACGGAACAAGGUGUGCAGGUGAGAUCGCAGCGGCACGAGAUAACGGUAUUUGUGGUGUUGGCGUAGCCUACGACAGUAAAGUUGCCGGAAUUCGGAUGCUUGAUCAGCCUUAUAUGACAGAUCUGAUUGAGGUACAUGAUUGGGGUCCGACGGAUGAUGGCAAAACUGUUGAUGGACCACGUAAUGCAACAAUGCGAGCGAUUGUCAAAGGAGUUAAUGAAGGACGAAAUGGGUUAGGUUCGAUAUUUGUGUGGGCAAGUGGAGAUGGUGGUGAAGAAGACGACUGUAAUUGUGACGGCUACGCUGCUUCAAUGUGGACUAUAUCCAUUAAUUCAGCUAUUAAUAAUGGAGAAAAUGCUCAUUACGAUGAGAGUUGCUCAUCCACGCUGGCUUCAACAUUUUCGAACGGAGGAAGGAAUCCCGAGACAGGAGUGGCAACUACGGAUUUAUAUGGUCGCUGUACAAGAUCACACAGUGGAACUUCUGCUGCAGCUCCAGAAGCAGCGGGAGUUUUUGCCCUUGCACUGGAAGCCAAUCCAUUUCUUACCUGGCGUGACUUACAACAUUUGACUGUACUAACAUCGACUCGGAAUUCAUUGUUUGAUGGACGAUGCAGAGAUUUACCCGAUCUUGGCAUUAAGGGCGUGAAUAAAAAUUAUAAGAAUGCAAAAAAUAACUGUACCCAUUUUGAAUGGAAAAUGAAUGGCGUUGGAUUGGAAUUCAAUCAUUUGUUUGGUUUUGGUGUUUUGGAUGCAGCAGAAAUGGUAAUGUUAGCAAUGGUUUGGAAAACUUCACCACCGAGAUUUCACUGCGAAGCGGGAACUAUCGCUGUGCCACAUGAAAUUCCAUCAAUCGGCAAUCUUGUAUUGGAAUUAGAUACUGAUGCUUGCAUGGGAAGUCGAACUGAAGUUAAUUAUUUGGAACAUGUGCAAGCAGUAGUUACAUUGAAUAGUACUCGACGUGGUGAUACUACGCUGUAUUUGAUUUCUCCGUCUGGCACUGAAACAAUGAUUUUGUCUCGACGUCCAAAAGACAACGAUAAUAAAGAUGGAUUUACAAAUUGGCCAUUUAUGACAACACAUACUUGGGGUGAAAAUCCUCGAGGCAAAUGGCGUUUGAUUGCUCGAUUUCAGGGUGGUGAAGGUAGAAAUCAUGGAAUGGUGAAAAAAUUCACUCUUAUGCUCCAUGGUACCAAAGAUCCGCCAUAUACUGGUAUUGAACCACUUCAAGGACAUUUGAAUAGCAAACUUAAAGUGGUACAGAAGGCACAUAAACGUGCUGUAUUUAGCCGACGACGCUGA